AGUACAGACAAAUUGCUAUAAUUUACCCUACGAUAUCAGCCAUACGAUAACAAGAGUGUAGUACUAGUGUGGUAUUUUCACUUUCAUUUACAAACUUCACUUCCAUCAUUUUGGGGCAGCGAAGACGGAAUCAACCCAACACAAACACCCGUUAUCUCACCUCGAUCCAGGCAUCUCACGACUCUUCAAUUCAGUAUUCAAAAGAGAGGCACUCAACUUAUUAGCCGCCAAAGAGGCGAGAGCUGGGUUUGUGUGAGCAAACGAAGAGAGUCAGGCGUUGAAUAUCAGCUUCAAGCCACUCGAAGCACUCGGUUGCUCAACAAAUCGUUGUCUUUACGAUCGCUUGUGAGGAAUUUUCUGGCUUGAGUCGAGUCCGGUGUUACCGGCCAGUUGUACAUCAUGGUGGGCAAGCCGUCCGCGGCGGCCAAGUUGUCGCUCGGCCAGUUGCAGGAGCUCAUGGUCCGGUGUGGUCUGCCAAAGACUGGUUCAAAGCUUCUCCUAUACAACCGUAUUCGAGCCGCUGCUAGAGAGCACAAGCCCUUAGCCCCUGACUCUCGCAUUCUCAGUAUCGACAUGGGUCUCAAGAACUUCGCCUACAGUGUUCUCACUCCAGUCAUGCAAGGCAGCAAGGCCAUGGCCGAAGAGUAUCCUUUGCCUGGAGACGUAAAGCCCAAGGACGAAGAUAUCGUUGACACGGCCAGUUUCUUCGAAAAGCUUGAAGGAACCAAGGACAAAGAGAAUGGCGACUUCGAGCGAAAAUUCGAACCAAAUCUGAUAACAGACAGGGUUUAUAAUAUAAACAACACUACAAGGCGUGUGGCCGAUCUGCACGCAUGGCGCCACCUCAACCUUCUCCCCUGGCUUGAGGUGAACAAUAUCGACGGAAAAAAUACGGACGCCGUCGGCGAGAACUUUGCCCCUAACGCCAUGGCUGACAUGGCCUACCGUCUUAUCACGGAGCAUAUUCUGCCCCAAAAGCCAACCCACAUUCUCAUCGAGCGUCAGCGCUUCCGCACCGCCAACACGGCCGGCAUCUUUGAGUGGACCGUCCGUGUAAACAUGCUCGAGUCCAUGAUCUACGCCAUUCUGCGCGUCAUGCAAAACCGCCGCGAGUUCAACGGCGUCGUGGUUGCCGUGCCGCCCAAGCGCGUGGUCAACUAUCUUAUGGACAAGUACGAACGUGAAAUACCCUCACCCGGCCAUCUGGCGAACCCUGAAAGGCACAGGAUAAAGCCGAAACCGAUACGAGGCUUCCGGAUGUUGGAGAACGAGAUCCCACCCAAGGAGGACAAGGAUGACGAGCUUCUCAACCCAUUCGAGGAGCCCAUCAACGUUGACGAGAAGGAAACCAAGAUGAAGAUCAAGAACGUCAAGAAGGCCCGGAUGUGCCUUUUGGGUUCGUGGUUAAAGAAUCAGGAAAAGCUCGGUCUCGCAAACCGUGAGAUGCAGCGCAUGGCCCACUACUUCGUAAGGGCCGCUCCUGUCGCCGUCAACCAUUUGUUGUCUCUGACCAAGCAGAAAUUGAAGAACGACGCUGUAGUAAUGCCGGAUCCCAAGGACCUCCCGGAGUCCCUCGGCGUCGGCACAUUGAUGGGCAAGAGACAAGAGAAGACGGAGCGCGUUACCAAGGGCGAACACAUCGAGAAGAUGGACGACUUGUGCGACUCGGUUACCCAGGGACUCGCCUGGCUGGAGUGGAGGUUACAGUUGGAGGAAGCUAUGAAGAGGAAGCCGUGGAUUAUGGAGGAUAAUGAGGAACCGGAGAGACCCAAGCUGGGAAUUGCUGUGAGGAAGAGAACAACGGGCGGAGGUCUAUAAAAGGCGGGCUCGGCACAGAGCUACUGUAUGUACGAUAAAGUGUUGCCAAGAUACCUGUCAUAGAAAGUGAUAAAAUCCGUUCUCUCA